GGUCAAAGUACUUUUGGGCUUGAUGUCAUUGAAACACCAGAAGGAGACAAGAUGCCACAGCUGAUUGUUCAAAAAGAGUUAGAUAGGGAAGAGAAGGAUACAUAUAUAAUGAAAGUAAAAGUUGAAGAUGGUGGCUUUCCUCAAAGAUCCAGUACCGCUAUUUUGCAAAUAAGUGUUGCUGAUACAAAUGACAACAGCCCAGUCUUCAAGGAGGAUGGGAUUGAAGUCAAUUUACCAGAAAAUUCUCCUGUAGGUACUUCAGUGACACAACUCCAUGCCACAGAUGCCGACAUAGGUGAAAAUGCCAAGAUUCACUUCUAUUUCAGCAAUCUAAUCUCCAACAUCGCCAAGAGACUAUUUCACCUCAACACCACUACUGGACUUAUCACAAUCAAACAACCACUGGAUAGGGAGGAAUCACCAAACCACAAGUUACUGGUUUUGGCAAGUGAUGGUGGAUUGAUACCAGCAAGAGCAAUGGUUCUAGUAAAUAUUACAGAUAUCAAUGAUAAUGCCCCAUCAAUUGACAUAAGAUACAUUAUUAAUCCAAUCAAUGGCACUGUGGUUCUUUCAGAAAAUGCUCCACUCAACACCAAAAUUGCUCUUGUAACUGUGACAGAUAAAGAUGCUGACAAUAAUGGCAUGGUGACAUGCUUCACAGAUCAUGAAGUCCCUUUCAGAUUAAGGCCAGUAUUCAGUAAUCAGUUCCUCCUGGAGACUGCUGCAUAUCUUGACUAUGAGUCCACGAGAGAAUAUGCCAUUAAAUUACUAGCUGCGGAUGCUGGCAAACCUCCUUUGAAUCAAUCAUCCAUGCUCCUUGUCAAAGUGAAAGAUGAAAAUGACAAUGCUCCUGUUUUCACCCAGCCUUUCAUAAGUCUUUCUCUUCCUGAGAAUAACUCUCCUGGCACCAAGUUGACAAAAAUAAGUGCAACAGAUUCAGACAGUGGGCACAAUGCUGAGAUCAAUUAUCUGCUAGGUAUUGAUGCUCCAUCUGAAUUCAACCUGGAUCAUCAUACAGGCAUUCUGACUGCAGUGAAGAAACUAGAUAGAGAAAAACAGGAAAAAUAUUCCUUCACAGUUCUGGCAAAAGAUAAUGGGAUGCCAUCCUUAAUGACCAAUGCCACAGUUUUAGUGACCAUUCUUGAUCAGAAUGACAACAGUCCAAUUUUUACUCACAAUGAGUACAAUUUCUAUGUCCCAGAAAACCUUCCAAGACAUGGCACAGUAGGACUAAUCACUGUAACUGAUCCGGAUUAUGGAGAAAAUUCUGCAGUCACUCUCUCCAUUUUCGAUGUGAAUGAUGACUUCACCAUUGAUCCACAGACUGGUGUCAUCCGACCAAAUAUUUCAUUUGACAGAGAAAAACAAGAAUCUUAUACUUUCUAUGUAAAGGCUGAGGAUGGUGGUAAGGUAUCACAUUCUUCAACUGCCAAAGUGACCAUAAAUGUGGUUGAUGUCAAUGACAACAAACCACUUUUCAUUGCCCCUUCUUCCAACAACUCCUAUGAAUUGGUUCUACCAUCCACUAAUCCAGGCACAGUGGUCUUUACAGUACUUGCUGUUGACAAUGACACUGGCAUGAAUGCAGAGCUUCGUUACAGCAUUGUAGAAGGAAACACAAAAGGUCUGUUUAUAAUUGACCAAACAACAGGCAACAUCACACUAAAGGAGAAAUGUGUUGUUACAGACCUUGGUUUACACAGACUGAUAGUUAAAGUGAAGGACUUAGGACAACCUGAAUCUCUCUUCAGUGUUGUUAUUGUUAAUCUAUUUGUGAAUGAAUCAGUGACCAAUGCUACAUGGAUUCAUGAACUGGUGCACAAAAGCAUUGAAACACCAGUGACCUCAAAUAUUGAGACAACUGAUACAUCCUCACCAACCAGUGACUAUGUCAAGAUCAUGGUUGCUCUUAUUGCUGGCACCAUAACUGUCAUCCUUGUUAUUUUCAUUACUGCUGUAGUAAGAUGCUGCCAAUCACCACACCUUAAGGCUGCUCAGAAAAACAAGCGUAAUUCUGAAUGGGUUACUCCAAAAACAGAAAACAGGCAGAUGAUAAUGAUGAUAAUGAAGAAGAAGAAGAAAAAGAAGAAGAAGAAAAAGAAGCAUGCCCCUAAGAACUUGCUGCUUAACUUUGUCACUAUUGAAGAAACUAAGGCAGAUGGUGCUGACAAUGAUGGAAACAGUGUCACAUUAGACCUUCCCAUUGAGCUGGAAGAACAAACCAUGGGCAAGUACAAGUGGGGGACUAUACCUACUACCUUCAAGCUUGACAGCCCUGAUUUGGCCAGGCACUACAAAUCUGCCUCUCCACAGCCUGCCUUCCAGAUCCAGCCUGAAACUCCCCUGAAUUCAAAGCACCACAUCAUCCAGGAACUGCCACUUGAUAACACCUUUGUGGCCUGUGAUUCCAUCUCUAAGUGUUCCUCCAGCAGUUCUGAUCCUUACAGUGUUUCUGAGUGCAGCUAUUCAGUGACAACUUUCAAAACUCCUGUGUCUGUACACACUAGACCGGUAGGUAAUCCAAGUUUCUAA